CCCACUGCAGUAAUGAUGGGACGUUUAACGAAAACCGAGACUGCAAAGGCGAGUCGUGGAGCCAACCGAAGUAGUAGAGCUGCAAGCACAAUUCCCAAGAAACGCAAACCCUCACCAAAGACCAGCACAGAACGCCGUAAGGUCCGGAAAAAGACAAGCACCGGCAUCGAGCAUGAAAAUGAAUCCGAGACGGAGAACGCUAGUACUCAAGCUGAGAUUGAGGAGCUCAAAGCGGAGCUUAAAGCCGCAGUUGCCCGCAGUGAGGGCCUCGAGGUCCAGAUCGAACGAGACCAAAUGGAUCAUAUCCAAGAACUACAGAAAAAGGAAGCUGAUAUCGAUGUCUUGAAAAGCCUCCUUGAGGGCGCUAAGAAAGAGCUAUCUAAUCACAAGGACGAAAGAGCGAAAUUUGAAGCAAACACCAUGAACACCAUCGCCACAUUGGCAGCCGAGCGGGAUCAGUUACUAAGGCAGAGCGAAAAGCCCAAACCGCCGAAUCCACACCACCCUUCUCCACGCCGCGCUUCUCCGGCUCCUGUAGCCGCAGCAGUCAACCCAGCCCACCUGGAUGAGAACAUGCGAGUAGAGAACGUACGAAAGACCUACCUCAGCAUCAAGAGGAGGUACGAUACUCUCUGUUGCAUAACGAAGGAGGUGGUUCGUUGCACACGUGGAAUGUACCUAAGCAAUUUUGGUGACUUUGGCCGUUUACUUGAGCAAUUGAGGAACGCCAUGGAAGACCAAGACAAGCCAGCUGAACAUCCGGGGGUAGAAGGAGGGAAGUCUGGCCUAACUGCAACGCCACUCAGUGUGGAUAGUCAAGGGACUGUGGGGAAGGGAAGCCAAGGACCGCAGGCGUAAGAGCCCAAAAAGCAAGCAUCAUCACGAUACAGGGCGAUCUCUACCAUAUGCAUUGAACAACCCGCGAGUUUCGUACGUGGGUAAAAGAACGGGUUGGUCGUUGAAAAAUGUUACAUCGGUGCGAAUCGUACUAGUAACAAGAAAAUUGACUCAAGCUUUGGAAGGGGGGCAUGGAAAGCAAUAUCUUU